AUGGAGCUUUGGAGUCGAAUGCUGUGGGCACUCCUGUUUGGCUCAGGGAGGAAGGGAGGCACCCGGGGCUGGGCCUUCAGCUCAUGGCAACCCCAUCCACCUCUGGCUGGGCUGUCGAGUGCCACAGAGGUGGUCAGCCAUUGGAAGGGGGUCUUUGAGAAGAAAGGCAUUCCUGAGGCUCAGGAAUCCAGUGAGUACAUCGUGGCUCAUGUUCUUGGAGCCAAAACAUUUCAGAGCCUGAAGCCAGUACUUUGGACCCAACCCUUGACCCCUCAGCAACUACAGUGCAUCCAGGAGCUGAGUAGCUGCCGAUUGCAGAGGAUGCCCAUACAGUACAUCCUUGGAGAGUGGGACUUCCAGGGACUCAGCCUGAAGAUGGUGCCCCCAGUGUUCAUUCCUCGGCCGGAGACAGAGGAACUUGUUGAAUGGGUGCUGGAGGAGGUGGCCCAGAGGCCUCAUGCAGUGGGAGCCCAAGGUGGCCCCCUCAUUCUGGAGGUGGGCUGUGGAUCAGGAGCCAUCUCCAUCAGCCUGCUGAGCCAGCUCCCCCAGAGCCGAGUCAUUGCUGUGGAUAAGAGUGAGGCUGCCAUCUCUCUGACCCAUGAGAAUGCUCAGAGGCUUCAGUUGCAGGACAGGAUUUGGAUCGUUUCCUGCGAUGUGACCUUAGCGGGGAGCUGGACACAUCUUCUGCCCUGGGGCCCCAUGGACCUGGUCAUCAGCAACCCUCCUUACAUCUUCCACCAGGACAUGGAACAGCUGGCUCCAGAGAUCCGCAGCUAUGAAGACCCAGCAGCCUUGGACGGUGGGGAGGAGGGCAUGGACAUCAUCACCCACAUCCUGGCCUUGGCACCUCAGCUCCUGAAGGACACUGGAAGCAUCUUCCUGGAAGUGGACCCAAGGCACCCAGAGCUUGUAAGCAGCUGGCUUCAGAGGCGGCCCGACCUGUACCUCAAUCUCGUGGCCGUGCGCAGGGACUUCUGUGGGAGGCCCCGGUUCCUGCAUAUCCAAAGGUCUGAGCCGUAACAUGGCUGCCCAGCAGACUUCUGGCCAGAGCCCUAGCCUGCCUAAGUGCCUGGCCAUUUCUCCUUCUUGGAAUGUUGCUCAGAGGGAAGUGGCUGGUGCUUUCCUCAACCCCAGGUGCUUGUGACAUUUCCCAUGGUUCUGAUUCCCCAUUCUCUGCAUUUCUAGGAGUGUUAGGGGUAGAAACAAGGAUGGGGGUAUCCUUCCUGGGGCAGCAAAGAGCAGGGGCAUCCACAGUUUAGCUUAGGAACUGAGCAGACCCAGGUUCCCAGUCUGGCCCCAUAACAUCAGUGUGACUGAGGAUAGGUUGCUCAGUGUCUCUGUUGGUGGAAUUGGUGAGGGGGUAUUUGGAGAUAUGGCCAGUAAAGUAUCAAGAGACAAAUUGUGACCUAA